GUCAAAACAAUUCGUCGUUAUAUAUCCUUUGUCCUAUCCUUUUCGUUAUCAAUCAGCCCUAGCUGCGGCAGUAUUUCCUUUCUGAGGCGAGCUGCUGAAGCGCCCGGCUAGCCUUGCUAAGCACCGUCAUCGCUCCCAGCGGGCAAGGCACGACGCUCUUGAAGGAGCACGUACAGAUGAUAACUGCUUCAGCCCGACUCGACUUCUGCUGCCGUUAAAGUAAAAUGGAAACAGGCGCUCCAAAGGUCCGGGAGCUAAUCAUUUUACAUUCGGACAUUGAGCCCGAGUUCCUCUGCGUGUUAACUGGCUGCAUUGCGCGUCACCCUGUCCUUGAUCCGGGCGACGGGAGAGGGCGGCCUGUGGAGAAGGCUGCCUUUGAGAGGCACCAGAAGCUAUAUCGGGUCACACCCCUUCAAGGCAACCAACCCAUUGUGCCACAAGUUGUGCACCGGCGCAAGGAGCGUAUUGAGGAAUGGCUUAAAGCACACGCAACCAUCAAGCCCGCGGCCAAGCUCAUCAAGCAGGAGCAGCAGCCAGCAAUGCUGUCACCAGCUGAUGACCUGGGCUUCAGCAUGACCCAUGGGUCAGCUGGACUGCACAAGUCAAUCGCAUUGGAGUUCCAAGUCAAGCUCAUCAAGAAGCACUUUAUCUGCCCUCUCACAUGGUGCCUAAUUAUUGACCCUGUGAUGGCCAAGCAUAACCCAAACAUCUUGUUUGAGCGGGCAGCAAUUGAGGAGUACAUUGCAGAGGAGGGCUGCAACCCAGUCGAUGGAUCCCCCCUGAGCAUAUGCGACCUGUGGCAGGACCCUGCGGACGUCCGGAUGCUGGAGGGGAUUGCUCGGCGCUACAAGGUCUACCCUGCUGGCAAUGCGGAUCCUGGGUGCGUCGCGCCAAAGGUGGUCAUUGACCUGGCUCUCAGCUCUGACGAGGAGGGUGAGGAGAUGCCACCGCAAGGCCAGCAGCCUGGGUCUGCUGCUGCUGCUGCUGCUGCAGAGAUGUGCCAUGCCUCACCACAGCAGCAGAUGCAGCAAGUGUUUCAAACACAGCCAGGGCAGCCGGAGCAGCCGCAACAAAGCCCACAGCAGGCUGCAGCGGUGGCUCAUCAGGAGCCAGGCCCCGCAGUAGCAGGAACCAGGCCCGCAUCCGAGCAACUGCCCUAUCAGCAGCAACAGUGCCAACCUGGCCAAGAUGGCAGCACUGCUGGCGGUGCCGCAGCUGAAGGCAAUGCCGGCCCCAGAAGUGCUGGUGGUGGCUGCUGCAGUGGCCCCACCGCCACCCCACUGGUGGUAUCACCUCCAGCAUCCAAUCCGACUGCAGCAGCAGCGGUGGCAGUGGGGUUGAAGCAGGGGCAGGCAGCCGAGGCAGUGCUACUAGCCCGCCAACCGGGGCAGCAGCAGGGACUGCGAGAUGAAGCUGAGCCUGGCAGCACAGCAGGCACUGUAACUGCUGCUGCAGCCACCACUGGUCAGCAACCUAGACAGCGUCAGCGCUCGAGGGACUACAGGCAACGGCUGCUUCAUGCACGGGGCUACCUGGGCAUCAUCCAGGAGCACGUCAAUGAAUGGUUCGGGCCAACCUUCGUGAAGGGUACUGUGGUGGUGAAGGUGAAGGCAGCAGCGGGGCCCAUAGGAAACCGACACUGUAGAGAAGGUUAUUAGCUUACUACCCCCUGCAUGUCGCAUUUAACGUUACCACAGUAGGCAGUACGGCCGGCAAAUGCAUGUAGGGCCCACCCAGCGGGCCCCAAAGGUGAGCCAUACCAUUUAGCAUUUACUUCGAAGCUAUCCAGGAUUCUAGUUGCAGUGCUCCUUUCGUGUCUAAUUGUGUCUAAUUGUGCCCAAACACCCUGCUCUGUACCAGCAGACAGCACCUACCGAUAACCUGCGACUGCCACGCAUCCUUGCAGAUGGUUCUCGAUAAACAGCUCCAAGACGACAUGUUCCUGGUCAGCAUACGGAGGGAUUCCACCUGCAAGCAUGUAGUACGCAACGCAUGCCUGCUCAGGGAAGCAGCUGGCAAGUGGUUCUUGGGCUGGUCCCGGC